AUGUCAAACCGUGGAACAACAAAACGAUUCUUAAUUCGAGAAAUGGAUCGAAGCAUCAAACAAAUGUUGAAGCUGGUUGAAGAAGAAGGAGAUUCUUUCGCCAAGAAAGCUGAAAUCUAUUGCCAAAAGAGACCAAAACUCCAAUCUCAUGUCGAAGACUUCUACCGAAUGUUCAAAUCAUUGGUCGAGCGUUACAAUGAAGCCAAAGCCGAAUUGAGGAGGAGUCGCCCACCGGAACUCCGAUCCCGAAACUCAGGCAACUUCGAUGUGUUUUCCGAACCACCUUCCGCCAUGACGUCUCCUGAUCGCAGAUUAUCUCGUCGCUUAUCAGAGAUUCCAAAUUUUGAUUACUUUGGAAACAAAGGAUAUGAAACUUCAACAUUGGAUUCCGAGUCGGAUUCAGAUGAUUCCCUUUUUCAUAGUUAUUCGAGUUCGUCAAAUUACAGGCGAUUGCGAAAUAAGAUCGUUGAAUUGGAGACUGAACUUAAGAAGGUUCAGAUGGAACAUGAAGAGAGUCGAUCAAACUCUGAAAUUGCGUAUUAUGAGGAAGAAUUACGGAUCGCCAAGGAAAAGAUUCGAUCGUUAGAAGAAGAGAUCGAUCAAUUGAGGAUCAAACUCCAUAGAUACGAAUCGAUGGAACCCCUUUCAGAUGAAUCCAUGGAUGAUUUUGAAACUCCACGGGUAAACGAUCGUCUGGCCGACGAAACAUUGGAGCAAGAAGUUAAACGAUUCAGGCGUGAACUCGACUCCAAUGCUCGUUUCCAAAAUCAUCAUGAAUCCGAUAAAAAACAGCACAACUCUGAACUCGAUGGUGAGAAACUGAAACUAUCAGAAGAAAACUUGCAGCUUCAAGAACAGGUUAGGAAACUAUCAAAACAAAAAAAGCUAGACGAGAACAUCAAAGAAUGGGAACGAUGCAGACGUUUAGAAGAGCAUCUGGAAAGGAUUAGAAUUCGGAACAAUGAAAUGGAAGAUGAAAUCGAGCAGUUAAAGAUGGACAGAGAAGGGAUUGUCUCUAGGAUUUCUGAACUUGAAGAAGAAACGAGUUUGAAAGAUGAUCAAAUCGAUGAAAUGAACGAUCGUCUUGAAAAACUACAUUUGGAAAUCCAAAAGUCGAUGAAUUCUGUAGAGGAGUUGAGGCAUCGAAGUCGAGAAUUAAAGAAAGUGAUUGAGAAGCAACAGGAGAUGAUCGAAGAAGGAGCUGAGGAAAAACGACAGGCUGUAAGGCAGCUGUGUUAUACAAUGGAACAUUAUCGGAAUGCGUAUCAAAUGCUUCGACAAGAUCUUUUGGAACAAAAGAAACCGGUUAUGGCGUCACAGGGUGACAUUGUUAGUAUAUAG